AUGGAACCAUCGUCCUCCGAAGUCCACUAUUUGAAGAGCUUUGGGAGUCAACGGGAGACUUGUGACGAACCGCAGCACAAUACACAAUCCUUACCUCCCGUGGGUGGUGGAAGACAAGCAUGGUCAUUUCUCUUCGCAUGCUUCCUACUCGAGGCUUUGAUUUGGGUAGGAUUUCCAAACUCCUAUGGAGUUUUCCAAGUCUACUACAGCAACGACGCACUCUUCGCCGAUGACAAGACUGGAGUUGCAGCUAUCGGGACGACGCAGAUAGGUCUAUUGUAUUUGGCACUCCCCAUCGUGGCUAUUGUUAUGCGGCAGUGGCCGAAGUCCAGGCGGCCGGGAAUGAUCCUGGGAGCCUGUGUCAACGUUAUCUCUUUACUUGCAGCAAGCUUCUGCAAUAGCGCUGCCGGUUUGAUAGUCACGCAAGGUGUGUUGUACUCACUUAGUGGACUAUGCGUCUACUUUCCUAGCGCCUACUACAUCGACGAGUGGUUUGUGCGGAAAAAGGGAUUGGCAUAUGGAAUUAUGUGGGCGGGUGCAGGCUCUGCAGGCGUUGGUGUCCCUUUCCUGCUCUCGUGGCUCCUGUCCCGAUACGGCUUCCGAACAACCCUACGAGUAUGGUGUGUCGUCCUGACCGUUGGUCUCGCCUUGUGUCUGCUCUUUGUCAAGCCUCGCAUCCCAAUCAGCGCGGCCAGCGCAAAUCACGCUCCCCGGCUCAGCUUCUUGGGAUACGGGUUCUUCUGGCUCUUCGAGGCGGGUGUGAUUCUGCAGUCUUUUGUCUAUUUCCUUCCGACUUUGUGGCUCCCAUCGUUCGCAAAGGACAUCGGCUUGCCAGCAUUCAGUGGGAAUCUGUCUCUGGCCCUUCUGAGCGUCGGAAAUGUCCUCGGCGCCGUGUUUCACGGCUUCUUGAUCGAUCGCUUGCACAUCAGCACCGUGCUCAUUAUCUGCGCUAUUGGGCAGAUGAUUGCAAUCUUCGUGUUUUGGGGCAUUGCAACGAGCCAGGCCACCCUUUACGUGUUUGCAAUAAUGUGGGGAUUCUUUGGGUGCGGUUUCAGUGCGAGCUGGGCGGGGUAUGAACCGGCUAUUCAGAAAAGCAGGCGAGAUCCAAACACUUCUGUGGACAUGACGUUGGUCAUGGCCUUCGCAGCUGCUGGCAGAGGGCCAGGGGCAAUCAUAAGUGGACCUUUGAGCGAGGUGUUGCUGAAUGCUGGCUGGAAAAGUCAUGCGAGUCUCGCGUAUGGGACGCAGUACGGGGUUCUGAUUGUGUUUGGUGGAAUUUUUGCUGGAUUGAGCGGCAUUGGGGGUCUUGGCAAGGCUUUGGGCAGGCCCAUACACGUUGACAGGCCAACGAGUUGA